AAACUCUAUGGCCGAGGCUCAACGGACGACAAGGGCCCAGUAUUGGCCUGGUUCAACUGCAUCGAGGGCUACCAGAAGAUCCAACAGGUAGGACACAGCACCACGACUUGAUAAGUACCACUCACUCAAGCUAGCCCAGGACAAAGAGAACCCCAUGGUAUUGUGUUUUCAAAACAGUUUUAGUACAGGUGCUCUUUUCGUGGUUAGGAACCUAAUAACAAGCCUGUUACCAACAGGCAAGGUUUAAAGGACUUGGUGUUGAGAUGAUGACGUCAGCUAUAGGGUAAAAAGCCUCUUGGCUUGAAGACUUUGUCUUGAUGAUUACAGUCAAUCACAUCAGUGUUGUCAGCAGCAUGGCCGUCCAAAGGUCCUCAAGUAAUCUUUAUCUCUUAUCAUCAGCAUUUAAUGAUUGAGCUGACCUACAGUUGAAGUUUACAUACACUUAGGUUGGAGUCAUUAAAACUUGUUUUUCAACCACACCACAAAUUUCUUGUUAACAAACUAUAGUUUUGGCAAGUCGGUUAGGACAUCUACUUUGUGCAUGACACAAGUUAUUGUUCCAACAAUUGUUUACAGACAGAUUAUUUCACUUAUAAUUCACUGUAUCACAAUUCCAGUGGGUCAGAAGUUUACAUACACUAAGUUGACUGUGCCUUUAAACAGCUAGAGAUGAAUGUACUUUGGUGCGAAAAGUGCAAAUCAAUUCCAGAACAACAGCAAAAGACCUUGUGAAGAUGCUGGAGGAAACCGGUACAAAAGUAUCGAGAUCCACAGUAAAACGAGUCGUAUAUCGACAUAACCUGAAAGGCCGCUCGGCAAGGAAGAAGCCACUGCUCCAAAACUGCCAUAAAAAAGCCAGACUACUGUUUGCAGCUGCACAUGGGAACAAAGAUCAUACUUUUUGGAGAAAUGUCCUCUGGUCUGAUGAAACAAAAAUAGAACUGUUUGGCCAUAAUGACCAUCGUUAUGUUUGGAGGAAAAAGGGGGGGUUGCAACUUGAAGUACACCAUCCCAACCGUGAAGCACGGGGGUGGCAGCACCAUGCUGUGGAGGUGCUUUGCUGCAGGAGGAACUGGUGCACUUCACAAAAUAGAUGGCAUCAUGAGGAUGGAAAAUAAUGUGUAUAUAUUGAAGCAACAUCUCAAGACAUCAGUCAGCAAGUUAAAGCUUGGUCGCAAAUGGGUCUUCCAAAUGGACAAUGACCUCAAGCAUACUUCCAAAGUUGUGGCAAAAUGGCUUAAGGACAACAAAGGCAAGGUAUUGGAGUGGCCAUCACAAACCCUGACCUCAAUCCUAUAGAAAAUGUGUGGGCAGAACUGAAAAAGCGUGUGUGAGCAAGGAGGCCUACAAACCUGACUCAGUUACACCAGCUCUGUCAGGAGGAAUGGGCCAAAAUUCACCCAACUUAUUGUGGGAAGCUUGUGGAAGGCUACCCGAAACGUUUGACCCAAGUUAAACAAUUUAAAGGCAAUGCUACCAAAUACUAAUUGAGUGUACGUACAGUCGUGGUCAAAAGUUUUGAGAAUGACAAGUGUUGGUCUUCACAAAGUUUGCUGCUUCAGUGUUUUUAGAUAUUUUUGUCAGAUGUUACUAUGGUAUACUGAAGUAUGUUUACAAGCAUUCCAUAAGUGUCAAAAGCUUUUAUUGACAAUUACAUUGUUUAUGCAAAGAGUCAAUAUUUGCAGUGUUGACCCUUCUUUUUCAAGACCUCUGCAAUCCGCCCUGGCAUGCUGUCAAUUAACUUCUGGGCCACAUCCUGACUGAUGGCAGCCCAUUCUUGCAUAAUCAAUGAGUUUGUCAGAAUUUGUGGGUUUUUGUUUGUCCACCCGCCUCUUGAGGAUUGACCACAAGUUCUCAACGGGAUUAAGGUCUGGGGAGUUUCCUGGCCAUGGACCCAAAAUUUCAAUGUUUUGUUCCCCGAGCCACUUAGUUGUCACUUUUGCCUUAUGGCAAGGUGCUCCAUCAUGCUGGAAAAGGCAUUGUUCGUCACCAAACUGUUCUUAGAUGGUUGGGAGAAGUUGCUCUUGGAGGAUGUGUUGGUACCAUUCGUUAUUCAUGGCUGUGUUCUUAGGCAAAAUUGUGAGUGAGCCCACUCCCUUGGCUGAGAAGCAACCCCACACAUGAAUGGUCUCAGGAUGCUUUACUGUUAGCAUGACACAGGACUGAUGGUAGCACUCACCUUGCCUUCUCCAGACAAGCUUUUUUUCCGGAUGCCCCAAACAAUCGGAAAGGGCAUUCAUCAGAGAAAAUGACUUUACCCCAGUCCUCAGCAGUCCAAUCCCUGUACCUUUUGCAGAAUAUCAGUCUGUCCCUGAUGUUUUUCCUGGAGGGAAGUGGCUUCCUCGCAGCCCUUUUUGACACCAGGCUAUCUUCCAAAAGUAUUUGCCUCACUGUGCGUGCAGAUGCACUCACACCUGCCUGCUGCCAUUCCUGAGCAAGCUCUGAACUGGUGGUGCCCUGAUCCCGCAGCGGAAUCAACUUUAGGAAGCGCUUGCUGGACUUUCUUGGGCGCCCUGAAGCCUUCACAACAAUUGAACCCCUCUCCUUGAAGUUCUUGAUGAUCCGAUAAAUGGUUGAUUUAGGUGCAAUCUUACUAGCAGCAAUAUCCUUGCCUGUGAAGCCCUUUAUGUGCAAAGCAAUGAUAACGGCACGUGUUUCCUUGCAGGUAACCAUGGUUAAAAGAGGAAGAACAAUGAUUUCAAGCACCACCCUCCUUUUAAAGCUUCCAGUCUGUUAUUCUAACUCAAUCAGCAUAACAGAGUGAUCUCCAGCCUUGUCCUCGUCAACACUCUCACCUGUGUUAACGAGAGAAUCACUGACAUGAUGUCAGCUGGUCCUUUUGUGGCAGGGCUGAAAUGCAGUGGAAAUGUUGUUUUGGGAUUAAGUUCCUUUUCAUGGCAAAGAGGGACUUUGCAAUUCAUCUGAUCACUCUUCAUAACAUUCUGGAGUAUAUGCAUAUUGCCAUUAUAAAAACUGAGGCAGCAGACUUUGUAAAAAUUAAUAUUUGUGUCAUUCUCAAAACUUUUGACCACGACUGUAAACUUCUGACCCACUGGGAAUGUGAUGAAAGAAAUAAAAGCUGAAAUAAAUUAUUCUCUACUAUUAUUCUGACAUUUCACAUUCUUAAAAUAAAGUGGUGAUCCUAACUGACCUAAAACAGGGAAUUUGUACUAGGAUUAAAUGUCAGGAAUUGUGAGUAACUGAGUUUAAAUGUAUUUGGCUAAGGUGUAUGUAAACUUCCGACUUCAACUGUAUGUCUUAUACUAGCUCACUGACAUAAUAAUUGUUACGUUCUCCCCUCGGGUGUAGUUCGUCUGAGGAGGAGACAUAAAUGCCCGUGCCUGCGCACACAAUGUGAACUAGAUGGAUGGGGAAGAAAUGUGGGGUGUAAUGAACUACAACAACCAGAACUCAAUGUUAGCCCUCGGGGACGUUUAGUAAAGUAAUUAAACAGAAUUAUACAACACCCAUAAAGAAACAGUAAAUAAAACAAAAACCAAUCAAACAAACCAGGGAAGGUAAGAGAAGGGAAUGUUUGGGAUCGGGGUCCAAGUAAUGAAAAUAAACAAAAGGUCCCUCUUCUACACACCUAAUCCUUCCUAUCACACUCUUCCUUAACCAACUUUCCUUCCUGUUACCACAAAUACAGGAGUGACACCCGCCCGGCUAACCUAGUGUGUAAAACAGUGGGUUAUCUACGUGUGAAUGUACACCCCAUGGGCAGAACUACCUUUCCCCUUCUCCAGGACCUAGGUAGGGUGGAAUACAGCAGGAGGACAGGCUGGAACACAAACAAAGAUAAAUUAAACCAACCAAUAACCAAAUCCUCAGCCAAACAAAAAGUACCCCCUCUUCCUCUCGAGCUCACACGGCAAACAGUUUAUAUAGUCAAUCAGCCACAGCUGCCAGGACUCCAGACCGAAGCCACGCCCACCAUCGUCAGCCGCAACUCAGCACACUUGUAAUGACCAGAACACACAAACAGAACAAAUACUCUGAACCACGCACACACUACAAAGGAAGAUUGGGAGAAAGAAAAACAUGUCACACGUAACAGUAAUCAGUAUAAAAAAAUAAUGUAUGCACUAACUGUAAGUCGCUCUGGAUAAGAGCGUCUGCUAAAUGACUAAAAUGUAAAUGUACAGCCAGAGGAUGAUGGGCCUCCCCUCUGAGUCUUAUUCCUCCUCUAGAUAGUGUUUUGGGGGUAUAGGCUUGGUUACUGGGAAGCACUUUGUGACAAUGAUGCUUGAAAGCUAGGGCUAUAUACAUUUAAUUUAACCAGAAAAUAGCGUCGUUAAGAUGUCAUGUGGCAUAUUUUGCCCGCUGAGAUUCUCAUCCAUGCCUCUCUCAUGGAAACAGGAGCUUCCCAUCAACAUCAAGUUCUGCUUCGAGGGCAUGGAGGAAUCAGGCUCAGAGGGCCUGGACGAUCUGGUGUUCGCCCGCAAAGACACCUUCCUGAAGGACGUGGAUUACGUGUGCAUCUCAGACAACUACUGGCUGGGCAAAACCAAGCCCUGCAUCACCUAUGGACUGAGGGGGAUUUGCUACUUCUUCAUUGAGGUGAGGCCAUAGAGUAAGCUAGAGGGCUCUCUUCCCACUAUAAAACUGUGAUCUUCAUUGUGGAGUAAGACCAGCGUUUCCCAUACUCUGUGCACGUUUUGGUGUUUGCCCUAACACUACACAGCUGAUUCAAAUGAUUGAAGCUUGAUGAUUAGUUGAUUAUUUUAAUCAGCUGUGUAGUGCUAGGGCAAAAACCAAAACGUGCACCCCUUGGGGUCCUGAGGACAGAGUUUGGGAAACCCUGAGUUAGACAAAUCUAGAGGGUGUACUUACCACAAACUGUGAUUGUGUGAGUCAUAGCCCUGGUUUAAACCUUGUUUUGUCAGAUGGAGUGCUGUGACAAGGACCUCCAUUCUGGGGUGUUUGGAGGCUCUGUCCAUGAAGCCAUGACUGACCUCAUAGCACUGAUGGGUGAGUUGAAUCAGGUGUGCAGAUGUGCUGCAAUAUAAUUAUCAUAGAGAUAUGUAAGGAUGUAGGUAUGAAAGGAUUGGAUAGGUAUAUUUGCAAUAGCGUUGUAGCCCUUCAAUAGAAUCAAAUAAAAUGCUAGAAUGAAAUCUACACAAGUGCCUAGGAGGUUCUGUAGGGGCUUGGGGUUGUUUCUGGACAGGGCAUAUGAUAUCUCUGCGGGGUUGUGUUCAUAAUGCGGCAAACAAAAGAAAACGGACUGAAACAAGGUGGAACUCAUUUUAGUUUUUUGUAGCAAAAUGUAUGCUGUUGCGUGCACUCGUGAACAUGACCCUGGUGUGUCCUCCUUCAGGCUCCCUGGUGGACAAGAAGGGGAAGAUCCUGGUCUCUGGGAUGUACGAGGACGUGGCCAAGGUCACCGACGAGGAGAAGAAACUGUACGAGAAGAUCGACUUUGACAUGGUGGAGUACGCCAAGGACGUUGGAGCUGGGAAGCUCCUACACGACACCAAGGUAUGGAUGGUCAUGUUCAAAUACUUCAUGAAUGAAGAGUCCUUCCUUCUUUCCUACCUCCCUUUAAUCAAUCACUGAUCUUAAUUUGUUGGAGUGGUGAAAGUAAUAAGGUGCCAACCUUGCUCUCACUUAUCCAAUCACUUGUGCUUUCGUAUGCAUUUCUGAAGUGUUCAAACAGGGCCAAUGUCUGAAAUUACAAACAACUAGUUUUUAAAGCAAUGCUGGUUGAUUCUCAGUCAAUGUAAGUGAUUAAUUCCCAACGUUCUCUGGUUCAUAUUGUCCUUUGCUCUCUCCUCUGACCCUCGUCUGCAGGAGGCUAUCCUGAUGCACCGCUGGAGGUACCCCUCCCUUUCCCUGCACGGCAUCGAGGGGGCCUUCUCCGACGGAGGUGCCAAGACCGUCAUUCCCCGCAAGGUCAUCGGCAAGUUCUCCAUCCGCCUGGUCCCUGACAUGGACCCCAAAGUGGUGGAGAAACAGGUAGAAACCUCUAGAAUUGUGCAGAUCUAGGAUCCAUUCCCCUACCUCAAAUCCUAACAUCUCAGCAUGUUAGGCUGACAUGUGAAGAGUGUUAAAGGUAGACUCAGCAAUAAUUUGAAUUAUAUUCUUUAAAUACAGGGCUAGAAUCAUGUUUUUAGAUAAUUUCACCAUUUAAUUAAAGGUGUUAUCGAAUAAGCACAUUGCAUGUUCUAGACUUUUGGAUGAAAUAAUAGUGGACAAGCAUCCCCCACCAGUGGUCAAUUCCUUACAUGUAAAUUCACUCUCAAACAUUAGGUCCGUCUAUAAGUGGUUCCCAACCUUUUUUGGUUACUGUACGUCUACCUGAAGGCCAAUGGUCUCAUGAGUCUUCUCAAGUACCCUCUGUGGAUAGGCUAAGUACCCCCAGGGUUCCUAGUACCCCUGGUUGGGAACCACUGGUCUUUUAGCCUGUAAUACAGUAUAUGCCAUACACAGACAGUCCUGAUAGCAAUAUGACUGUCUGUUCUUUUCAUUACUAUAUAAUAUUUGAUCUCAAUGAGAGUUUAAUAUGAAGGUCAAAUCAUAUUUUAAAAUAUGUAUACAAUCCUCGCCUAUCAAGGUUAUUGACCACCUGGAGAAGAAGUUUGCUGAGCUGGAGAGUCCCAACAAGCUCAAGGUGUACAUGGGCCAUGGGGCCAAGGCCUGGGUGUCUGACUUCAACCAUCCCCAUUACAUGGCUGGUAGAAAGGCCAUGAAGACAGGUGUGUGGACACACAGGCAAACCCUCUCACUCACACACACACUGGUCUAACUUACUUAAAUAUUUAUAAUAACAUGUUUUAAUGUCUCUCGUGCUCCCGCUCUAUUCCUCCUCCCACACAGUGUUCGGUGUGGAGCCUGACCUGACGCGGGAAGGCGGCAGCAUCCCCGUCACCCUGACCUUCCAGGAAGCCACCGGCCGUAACGUCAUGCUGCUGCCCAUGGGCUCGUCUGACGAUGGAGCACAUUCACAGAACGAGAAACUCAACAGGUAG